GUUUGCAAACAUUUUGUUUACAAUUUGUGAAAUGUUUUCAACAAAAAAUUAUUUAUUAAUUAUAAUUACUAUGAAAAUAUGACCAGGAUAAUAAUUACAUACAACUCAUUAGUAUUGAUCUCACCAUCGAUUAUGUAUGGCCACAAGUGGUGACUAUAAUCGGCACUCAAUCCAAUCAAAAGUGGUUUUUAUUAUCACUUUAUUUACGAAACCAAUUGUCACUUGAAGUCAAUAUUGAGACCAAACUCUCAAUGGAUUACGAAAUUGAUGACUACGACGACUACUUCGUGGACUUAUGUCAACACGUGUUCGCCAACGAACUCAUACUGACGAAGAUCUUCAGACACCUGUCGCUGCGACAGCUGUUCCAGUGCUGCCUCGUGUGCAAGACGUGGCAAACGGAGGCGCGACGAGUGGCCGCCAAUAGGUCCCAAUCGCUUCAGAUCUACCACUUGUUCCGUACGGAUCAUCCGGAAGACGACGUCGUCUUCAGGGACCCGGCGAUCGUCGGCGAAGCCAUCGACGAGGAGAUGGACUACUGUUCGCGCGUCCAUUGGGUCGAGAAGUAUGACUUCAAAGCCCAUGUGAUUCACGCCAUGAGUGAGGGCUUGUGGUCCGUCCCCGACAUCUGUCUCGUAGUCUACGGAUCGCUCGGCGAAGACGUGAAACUCACGCAACGCUUAUAUCACACGGAAAUGGUGAGGAAGUCAUUGCCACAGACCGGGUGUCUGGUGUUGAACCUCAACAGUCAGAGUCUGAUCGGCUGUCCCACGACGUCGUCGGUUCCCAUCCAUAAGAUCACACAUUUCGGUGAUUUGGCGGCCGUUUCGCUGCUUCUGUUACCCAAAUACAAGACCGGAUCCGAUGUGACGGCCUUCAGCGGCGCUAAUAUGCGGGAAAAGGUGUUCCUCAAGACGGACAUCAAAGCCAUUGUACUGUUCACCACUUCAUCCAUAUUUCAAGACAACCGUAACCUCUAUCUGGACAUCAAUUCGCUGUCGAAGUUCAUGACGGGUACGCUCAACAAUCAGACGGCGUUUGGCGGCUAUAACUCCGCGUACUUUAGUUUCAAUAAAAGGGAUUUUCUUAACUAUUUGGUGCCCAAUGAGGGCCCGCCCGGUGCCGACGACAUGGAGGCCCGCGAGCUUAUAUACAUUUAUCCGGCAGACUAUACACAAGACUUGUUUGAUAUCUAA